UUUUGAGUUGGAGCUGAGAGUGCCUGAGAGAGAGACUUCCUCCUGCUACCUGUUGCUCUUCACCUUCCUCUGCUCCACUCCUCCUCCUCAGCACCCAAGCGCCUGUGUUCACCACCCGCUCUAUACCUGGGAACUUACUGGGUUAUGGACUGUUGUGAAUAAGCCAUUCACAACAAUCUACAGUUACUGCUUUUUAUCUCAGUCUAAAAACCAACACACCAACCAGCAAUGGGGAAACAGAACAGCAAGCUCCGUCCUGAGGUGAUGCAGGAUCUUGUGGACAGCACAGACUUCACUGAGCACGAGAUCCAGGAGUGGUACAAGGGCUUCCUGCGGGACUGCCCCAGCGGCGCUCUAUCCCUGGAGGAGUUCAAGAAGAUCUACGCUAACUUCUUCCCGUACGGAGACGCCUCCAAGUUCGCAGAGCACGUCUUCCGCACCUUUGACGCCAAUGGUGACGGAACGAUAGAUUUCAGAGAGUUCAUCAUUGCACUGAGCGUUACGUCCCGUGGUCGCCUGGACCAGAAGCUCAAAUGGGCCUUCAGUAUGUACGACUUGGACGGCAAUGGCUACAUCAGCCGCGAUGAAAUGCUGGAAAUUGUGCAGGCCAUCUAUAAGAUGGUUUCCUCAGUGAUGAAGAUGCCGGAAGAUGAGUCAACACCAGAGAAGCGCACAGAGAAGAUCUUCAGACAGAUGGACACAAAUCGUGAUGGCAAGCUGUCUCUGGAGGAGUUUGUGGAAGGAGCGAAAAAUGACCCAUCAAUCGUACGGCUGCUUCAGUGUGACCCCAGCAGUGCGGGGCAGUAAAACAGCUGUCUCUGGGUGACAGACCUCGUCCACUGUCUCAUCUACCCUGUAUCUGUUCAGCAUCACGCCCCACCACCAUGUCCACCAACCCUGGUUUCAUCUACUGUAGACAGGUCACUGGUGUGGCUUCCUUUGCUCAGAGAGACAUGCACACACACACACACACACACACACACAUACACUCACACACACACACACUUAAAUGCAAACACAUGUAUACAUACAAACAUCACAACUCUGUAUGUCUCUUUUAGUCAGAUGUCUGCCAUGCUUCCAAACCUUUCUAAUAAGGUCCAAUUGAGAACUGUAUAAUCAAAGCCACAGUACUUCAAAGUAGCCAGUGCGGUUAAAAAAACAAAACAAAAAAGGACAGAGGCUGAGGGCUAGAAAACCCAAAGAACGUGUUCUGGAGUGUGGAUGGGCUGAAGCCCACCCGAGGCUGCCCAUCAGACUGUGAAGCAAAUGCCUGAAUGUAAAAUGGCAUUCUGGGUUUUGGAUUCCUCUCACCGCAGCUGAUCCAAACUUUGAUGUGUGAGAGGGACACUGUUAAAGUAAGGCAAAUGUAAAAAAAUGUAUUCUUUUUUGGAAAACAAAGAAGUAUAUGGUUCAUUCAGUUCAAUAGCAUUCAAGCUCACGUAAAGAAUAAAAAAAGAUGUUUCUAGAGAAACCAUGGUAAUACUUCACUCUCCAUUCAGAACUAAGAGCCAAUUGGAGAGUAAGUGCAACCCAUGUACCCACCCAGUGACGUCGCAAGUCACAGGGUGAUGUGAAUAUCCUUGAGCUUGACUUUUCUGUUACACUGGUUGUUUUAACCCAAAGGAACUUGUUAUUGCCUCUUUCAGAAUAUGCAUGAAAACUUCCAAAUUAGAAGAUCAUAUAUCACCCAAGAUUUGUAGCAUUCACAUUCUCUUUGAGCUCUUUCAGAAAAGACUCAUGGACUUCCUAAGGCUGAGUACAGCUACAUUAUAUUGGAUAAUUGAAGGCAGGAAAAUCUAGAUGGAGGUAUUAGGUCAUGACAAAAUUUAGGAUAUAUAUAAUAUAUGUAUAUAAAUUUAUUCUUUUACGUGGUGAUAAAGGUGGUAUUUGCCACACUAAAAGAGAUUCACUUUAAAAUGUUCAAAUGUUAAUUAUUGAAAUAUGAAUUUGUUUUUGUUUUUUCAUUUCAAAGCAAAUAUUCACAUGUAAAGUACAUACAUAUUUAUGUUAGGAAUGUAAAGGCAAAAAAGCAAGGACCACACAUUUUGCUAUGCACAUACUUUUGUACACCCUUUAGAGCAAAUGCAUAUGUUUUUAAAGAAUCUCAAAAUCACACAUUUAUCCAUUUAAUCUACAGAGGUUUAUUAGUUAAAAAGGCAUGAAUGUGUGCAUCAGUACUCUUUGUGUACAUAGAGUGUAAUCUAAAUGUUCAUGUCCCCCUUCCCUGUAUCGCACAGUAUAGCCCAUCAAUGCACCUGUUGGGAAAGGCCUCAAUUCUGUAGACUUCUGUCAUGGGCCUGCAAUUUCUAAAAGGUUGUCUACCUUUAUUUAAAUUGAGAUAAAACAUAUUUAUAAUGCAAAAACACAAGGACAAUUUAUUGGGAGAAUUGAUUGAACACAGGCUUCCCCAUAACCACCCAAUCUCUUGCACUGAAUGCACUUCCAAUCUAAAGGAGUGCUAAUCCUAGAGAUUUCAGAAUUCUCUGCAUUUUUAUUUUAUUUUAUUGGGUCUUUUGUGUGUCUGUCUGGCUUUCAAAUAUGUGUGAAGCAUGCAUGUAUGGUACAGCUUUGAUGAACCAGUGUUUUACCUGCAUUUGUGGUCCCAUGGCUCUUUUUUAAACAGGCGUGUUAUGCGUAUGCAACUUGUCAUGACAUACUAAUAGCACCCUUGAUGGAAAUGUCUUGGGCACUUAUUAUUUGCUUGAAGAGCAGAAGAUGAAUCCCACAGUUUUAGGUAUGAAGGGGAUGUGUGUGAAGGUGUGUUAAUGCUCUCUCACACACACACAAACACUGAUCAAACUCAGGGUCGUCCGUAGAGUUCAGGUGGAGUGAGGUGAAAGACUUGCUCAAACAGACAGGAAGAGUAAGGCCAAAGUGAUGUCUGUUUGCAGCCAGAUUAUAAAAACAUUUA